AUGAAUCAUACGACGCUGCUGCAGAGUUCCUUCUUGGAUGGUCCGAUCACCACCGACGCCGACUACUCUGCUGCCUCCCAGCGACACUUCUCCGGUCCCUCGGGGUUUUCCAUGGACGACGAAGACAACACCCAUCGACGAAGUGGUGUUGUCGGCAACGUCCCCAUACCGGCCACCAACGGCUUGAGAUACAACACACAGCAGUCUGCGAUGCAGGAUUUACCAUAUGGAACUUCUCCCACACUGCUCAUGAGCCCCUCCGAUUCUUGUUCCGACUCUUUUUCGCCAGCAUCAGGGUCCCUCUACUCACAUUCAUCUGGCAUAUACGAGAGAAUGCCAGAUUUUAGAUCUCAUCGUGCACUGCAACCACCACCAACUGGAAUGUCGUCCACUGUUCCAUCGCCGGGAAAUCCAUCUUUAUUAGGAAGAAACGACAGCUACCCCGGGGUAUACACAAUCCCCAGGGCCCAAUUUCCGCCCAUUAGCAGUAUCAGUGAUAUUUCUAGGCCCGGGCCAUAUACGACUCCUCGUGCGCUCGAGUGCUCCAUGGAUCGCGCAAAUCUCAUGUUCCCUCCACAUCUAUACAUGGAACAUACACAGCGCGUGGCGCCGCCCAUUCCAGAUGCGCCGCCUUUCCAUGAUACCAACAGCCUGGUCUCGGUCAUCUCAGGAAAUCAAAUCGUUCGGCCAGAGAUCGGAGCAAAGAUCCACAAAGGGUUUUUCCAAGUUGACGACAAAUGGACCUGCUAUCGGCGAAACUAUUUUUCAAUCUCUUGUUCGUUCUCGUUCAACCCUCCAGCACAUGGCAACUUUUACCUCAAAUAUGAGGGAAGAUCGGAGAAGAUUCACCAGUUUUCCAUGUCGAUAUCAGCGAUAGUGAACGCGCAGCAUAAUGAAGUCCGGGAGCUAGUGCAACAUACCCCAAAACGCGACAAACAGUCAGAAAGGCCGCCUCAACGAGUCGUACUACAGCCCUCACCACCAACAGGCAUGGUUCCGAGUCUCGGAUCAAGCUCAACCACGGGUCAGCAUGGCUUCCAGUUACUGUCUCAGCCAACCGGGAUGUCUAUGGAGUACAACGCAGCGUACGCGCAGCAAUCGCAGCCUCCUACACAGCACACUUUUGAACGCAUACAGUUUCAGAAAGCGACCGCUAACAACGGGAAACGGCGCGCCCAGCAACAAUAUUACAAUCUGGUUGUUGACCUGUAUGCUGAAAUUACGGGUUCUCUUGGAGGUAGUGAGUGGGUCAAGAUUGCCCGGAAACUGUCAUUCCCAAUGGUGGUUCGGGGCCGCUCUCCUGGACACUAUAAAGAUGGUCGGCGAGAUAGUUCCACAAGCAUGGGGCCCGACCCAGGGAGCGGCGGUGCCGGGGAUGGCAGCGGCGGGGCUGUCUUACCAGGCAGCCUUGGGGGGCACGGUUCACGGUCUCAACACCUUGCCCUCAUGCCGUAUGACUCGGGUCAACGCGGCGGCGGGUACAGGACAGACUACCACCACCAAAUGACGGCCGAUCAUUCACCACUCAGCGCGAGUCCACAUAUAUCCUCGUCGUCGUCCUCCACAUUUGACAUUGGUAUGAUGAAUGACUCGUUGGACCCCAUGGACAUCAAAACCACGCCGAACAUGGAUUCUUACCAAGACUCGGGCUAUGGAAUGAUGGAUGGACGAAAGGACAAUCAUUUUCGUACGCACCUCCCGCCCUUUGAAUACGACCCGGUAUCGAGAGCGAGCGAGAGUUCUGGAACAAGCUUUUCCGAGGCUUACGAUUCACUUGCGUCGAUGGUCUCGAGCGACUCGGGAGAGCCUCAUUUCCUCAAACACCCGCCGCGUGUGGCAUCACAGGGCUACCAUGCCAGUCCGGGGGCGUAUGACGCUGUCUACUCUGCACGGUCGGCGAAUGGGAACAGUCCCUACGGCCGGCUUCCCAACACUCACAGCCUCUGCACUUGA